CAGAAGCCACCGCGUGCGUCAACAGCAACAGCUAGGAUGUUGCGAUAAUGCUGGCAGCCAAAGAUUGCUGUGGUUGCAGAGAUUAGACGGCUGAGUCGAAACCUCAGUCGGUAACAUCUCAGCGGAUGACAGACGCAGCGGUUACACAUUUGCACCAGACGCAGAAUCGUCUCCUAUCAAGUCGACGCUUACUGGGGGCUGCCCUGCGCUGAAGGCGUCAGCGAACGGAAACCAUAUAGUUGUGUGCGUGUGUGUGUGUGUGUGUACACAUAUAUAUAUUUAUAUAUAAAUGGGAGCAAUUAAAUAGCCGCGCGGACAGUUAGCAAUGAGGCAACAAACGGUCGCCGCGCUCUCGUGAAGGAUGGAAACAGCUUUUUGGGCAGCGCUGUCGCAGUUACUCGGAGGCUACACCGCGUUUGAAGACGUUUUCUUCCGAGGAUAACCUGGAUAACCUUACACGAAAUGUCAUAGCGCCUUAGCAGCUAGCACUUAGCUAGCUCGGUGACGGCUGGACGAGAUGGAGAUGGACCUAUUUUUCCUCAGCAGCCGCAGCCGACCAUGAGCAGCUGGCCGACGGGUAAAAGGAGCACUUUUGUUUCUCCCGGAGAUGCUUUAACCUCCGGGGCGGUGUGAUACACUUAUAUAACAGCUAGCCGCUCUACAGUCAUCAUUGUACAGUCAAAUGGGACAUUUCCCCUAAAAAAUCUCGCACCAUCGCCACAAGGGAAAGAAAAAAAGGGGGUAUUGCUUGCAUUUUUUUUUUUUUUUUUUUUUUUUUGAGACGCCCGAAUAGACUCUGGAUAAGUUGGAGCUGGGUACAACUGCAACACAGCCGGCCCAGCAGAGUGUGAAGGGAAAAAGGGAGAAGCACGUCCUCCCUGCUGUCAUUUCGACACCAUGAGGAAGUUCUUUGAUUCCCGUCGGGAGUUGGUGAGCUCCGGGCCUGGUUCUGGAGGAGGGGGCAGCAGCUCUGGGUCCAGCCACGCCGGAGGAAAUUUCAUUGGCAGAGCCUUCACUGUUGGGCGGCACCAAGUCACCGUUGAGGAGAUCAUCGCAGAAGGUGGCUUUGCGAUCGUGUUCCUGGUGAAAACAAACCAAGGGGUGCGCUGCGCCCUGAAGAGGAUGUACGUCAACAAUGAGCACGAUCUGCAGGUGUGCAAACGGGAGAUCCAGAUUAUGAAAGAUCUCGUUGGUCACAAGAAUAUUGUUGGUUAUCUGGACUCCAGCAUCACAGCUAUGGGAUCUCGAGACGUUUGGGAGGUUCUCAUACUGAUGGACUACUGCAAGGGAGGGCAGGUGGUGAAUCUGAUGAAUCAGAGACUUCAGACUGGCUUCACGGAGUCCGAGGUGCUCCAGAUCUUCUGUGACACCUGUGAUGCCGUAUCCCGCCUGCAUCAGCGAAAGGCACCGAUCGUCCACAGAGACCUCAAGGUGGAGAACAUCCUCUUGCACGACAAAGGUCAUUACGUGCUGUGUGACUUUGGCAGCGCCACAAACAAGUUCCAAAACCCACAGACCGAAGGAGUGGCCACUGUGGAGGAAGAAAUCAAAAAAUACACAACUUUAUCAUAUCGAGCUCCAGAAAUGGUGAACCUUUACAACAAUAAGAUUAUAACCACAAAGGCUGAUAUCUGGGCGCUGGGCUGUUUGCUGUACAAGUUGUGCUUCUUCACUCUUCCCUUUGGUGAAAGCCAGGUGGCCAUCUGUGAUGGCAGUUUCACUAUUCCAGAUAAUUCCCGUUACUCUUACGAUCUUCACUGCCUCAUUCGGUACAUGCUGGAGCCAGACCCUGACAAAAGACCUGAUAUCUAUCAGGUGUCCUUCUUUGCUUUUAAACUAGCUCAGCGGACCUGUCCUGUUCAGAAUGUGAAGAACUCUCCAAUUCCUCCCACCCUUCCCGAGCCAAUCAAAGCGAGCGAGGCUGCUGCAGCUAAGAAGAGCCAGACUAAGUCCAGACUCACGGAUCCAAUCCCCACCACUGAAACCUCCAUCACCCCUCGUCAAAGGCCCAAAGCCGUGCACACCCAGCCCGCUGCUGGCAUCCUACCCAUCCAGCCUGCUGCCCUCACCCCUCGCAAGCGGGCUAAUCUCUCUGGUGCUGCAGUUCAGCCUGUGGGAGUCAGUUUGGACCUCUCCCAGCCAGCUGCAGCUCUCCAGUCGCAGAAGGCACAGGCUUCAGCUCAGCCGUUCGUUCAAACUCAAACCAACACUAGUCAUGCUGGAGCUCCACAGAAGCAGACCGUGCAGCCAGCUGCAGCUGCAGAGACGGCGGCCCCUGCAGCAUCACAAGUGGCCAAAGCCGAGGCUGCACCACAAGCACAGCCAGCAUCCCAGCAACAGGCCACGCCCUCUCCCUCUGCGGUCAGCUCUGCUCCCCCGGUGGCGGCGCAGACUCCAUCCAGCCCGGCCGCACCUCAGCGCCCAGCGCGCCGCAAGCAGCCAGGUCAGGCUCAGCAGCCGGAGGCUCAACCCUCUCCGUGCAAACCGGCACCGGGGCAGCCAGAAGCAGCUCAGCAGCAGGAGAUACCAGCCCAAACUCAGCCCGCUUCCACCGAGACCAGCCAAACAUCAGCUCAGACCACUCCACCAGAGACUCCAAAGACAUCAGACGACCGAGGUCACCAACCUGUGCCGAGUGAUGCAGCAGCAAACGUUGCUGCAGCUCCCGUCAGUGACUCCACACCGCUGCAGCAAGGAGCUAAUGGCAGCAUUGCCCUCAGCCAAUCACUUGUUUCUCAACCAAACACCACUGACCCUGUUGAGCCGAGCCUUUGCGAUGCAGCUAAGGACCAAAACAAAGGGGCACCCACUGUUCCUGCCUCUGGUUCCACCAACACCCCCACACAGCCAGCAUGGAACCCGUUUGACGACGACAACUUCUCCAACUUUACCGCUGAGGAAUUCAAAACUGAUGACAAAAAGACUACAGACAUGCUGUCAGAUACUGAAGUAGCUUCCUCGGAAGAGCUGAUCCCAGGUCUGCAGGCCUUAUCUGUGGAAAACAGUCAAGAGACUGCUGAAAGGCCGUCCGCCAUUCUGGAAUCAGGAGCCUCUCUUUUGGUUGUCCCAGAUCCUUUCCAUACCCUCGAACUGUCAGAUACUCCAGAGAAGCUGAUUGAAGGUCUGAAGUCUCCUGACACAUCUUCACUCAUGCUUCCUGAUCUGCUGUCGUUGUCUGAUCCUUUUGGAGGAUCUGUGGACUCUGUAAAGGACCCUCUUACUGCAGACGACUCUCUCCUCGGCUGCUCUCUCAUCUCCGGUCCACCCGCAGCACCGGGCAGCGCCGCGUCCUCCAUCUCCUCUGCUCCCACCUCCGCCACGUCUGCUCUGGAUGAUUUCAGCCUGUUGUCUGGAGACUCAGUACAGCCUAAAGGGGACUCCUCUCUCCUCAUCUCAGACUUUGAGACGCAGCCGACCAGCGCGGAGGCUGCCACAGAGGACGACUUUGAUCCUAUUCCCGUCACAGGCCGAAAGAAUUCCCAAGACCUCCAGAGGGAGCUCACCAAUAACAAACCUCCCCCUGCUCAGACUGCAGCUCCCGGGCAGAGGAUCCAUCCCAGCAAAGCUGCAUGUGUCCCUUACAAACACAUGUUGCUGUCAGAUGAAUGUGGCGCUCAGCCCCGCCCCGCACAUGCUCCCUGCUCCGACCGGCAUUUCAUACCUGUUAACCAAGAACCCCAGAGGCCGCCUCCGAGCAGCCCGAUGGACUCUGAUGCCUUCCAGCUGGUCCCGUUUAAAACACAAAGAAAACAAAGCGGGGCAGCAUUAGGCGGCUCUGCCGUUUCUGCAUCCCAUAAUUCUGCUGAGGCAUCAGAUGUUUUCCUGCAGGCACCGUUUGGGAAGCGGCAGGAAACCAACAAAGCUGCUCCCAUUAACAGCAAAAAGUGUCACCCCGGCGCCCUUCUGCACACAGAAGCCCCCCUGCUCCAGCAGCCCGUGGCGGUGCACCGGGUCGUCUCCCGGAUUGGUCAGCAGGCUGCCGUGGGCUCAGUGGCAGUGGGGCCACUGCAUUCCUGGACCAUAGUGGGAAAAGCUGUGGACGACCCGUUUACUGCAGCACCUUUUCAGCCCAGAUACUCUCAAGGGAAACCUUAGUUUUAUUGUUACGUCUUAAAAAAAAAAAGAAAGCCAAUUAAGAUGAAGAAACCAAAGUAUAGUGCAGCUGCAGUAUUAAUAGCGUUCCACAUGUUGUUUGAACAUUGUUACGAGGCUAAAGCUCCAUCCGAGUCAUGCUGCCUGCUCUCAGUGGCCGUAUCAGGUCUUCAGGAACAGUCUGAACUUUUUAACUCCAGUGGAUUACUCACUCAUUCAGUAAUCAUAUAAAAGUAAUUAAGGAUGUGCAGUUCCAGUGAGAAGUUACAAUGCACCCAUAAUUCACAAGUUUGAAUUUAUUUUGAGUUUUCUUUAAUCCACGUAAGGUCAAAAUUAUACAUACAUGCUCAGAUAUACACUUUGUACAUAUUUCUGAUAUAACCUAGACAGAAUAUUUGGUAAUUUUUCUUGUCAGAAUUGGUGAAAAUAAAUUUGACCAGUUCUAGGCUCAGUGGGUAGAGUAGUCGUCUUGCAAUUCGAAGAUUUUUGGGUUCGCUUCCAGCAAGGCCUUUAACCCGAAGUUCCCUACCGAUCUGCAUAUUGGUGUAUUAAUGUUUACGUGUUAGUGAGUUUGAUUGGGUAAAUGUGGCUAUAGUGUAAAGCACUUUGAGUGGUCAGUAUGACUUAAAUAAAGCUCUAUAUAAAUCCAUUUACCAUUCAAACUGAACGGUUUUCUGCUACAAACCUGUUUUCUUUUAGGAUAGUCCCGUUUUCCAUUGAUGUUGAAGUUAGGAAUUUGGGGUCCUGUCUACAGUGAGUUGAGUUCAACAUCAAGAUGGUGUGAAGCAAGUAAGAACCGUCCUUCCACAUGGACAAGCCAAUUGCCUUCUGGAGAAAUGUUACACCAAAUAGUGAGCUGUUUGACCAAAAUGACAAAAUAUACUAACAGUAUAACACGGUGGUGGUAGCAUCAUGCUCAGGGCGAUUUCCCCAUGCUAAUGGUCUUGGCACAUUCUUCAACUUCACUUCAGAUCAAAUGUGGGACCCAAAGACACUUUACAUGGGAUGUUUAAACUAAUUUAUGAAUUGGCUUCAACUUUAAACCUAAUUAUGCAUCUUUUCUGUAUUCAAAAGCCCAAAGCAGCACCGAAACCAACCAGGUUAAAUGAACUCAACCAGUUCAGAAAUCCAGACAUGAAUACUCCAGAAAUGUGUGGAAGUCCACAAAAACAUUUGGAAAUAGACAUUUAUCCAAAUAACAGUCAGUUCAAUAAAUAUAUCCGAGCCUGUAUUUAUACUGUUGAAUCCGAGUGGAUUAGAGAAAACCCACAAAAAGAAAUUUACGCUUCAACAGUCAAUUCUUGUUUUUGCAAAUCAGUGCAGUUUUGAGUCCAGCCCCAAAAGAGAUUAAAUGGGUUAAAUAAAUCAUUAAAAGCCCCAAAUUAAUGAUAUCCAUGCUCACGGGGAGUGAAUAGUGUUUAUGUUGUUUUUAGUUGAAAUAUUUUAUGGUUUUUAAAGCUGUUUUCGAUCACUUUUUUAGCGAAUGAAGAAGUUUUGCUUAUAUCUUGAAGAAAAAGUCAUAAAGUUUUUAAUGCAUCGUGCCAGAAAGCUUCACUGGCUUGGCAGUGUGAAAUAUUUGCUUGUCAGUUCAUGAUGUAAGCCUAUUAAAUCUCUCCUGAUGUUUACAUAUAAACCGCAGAUUGUGCCUUGAUUAUCAGCAAUAUGAGAUUUCCCAAAUGUUUGCGCCUUUUUUUUUAUCAGGGGAAACAUUCAAUAUCAGAGCUGUGAGAGUUACCGUGUUACUGCAAGCCAAAGACGUGUCUCUGUUUCUUAAAGCACCUUUCAAAUCCAUGUUUCCCUGAAAUCCCUGCAGCUCACCACAAACUUGGAUUUUAGUCAGUAUUGUGUUAUUUUAAUUUUUUCAAGCUUGCUUUAUGUACUUCACCAAUAAACUGACAUGCAACUCACAGUUUAAUUUAUUUUAAAGUCUGUCUGGUCUGUGAACUUUUUAUAGUUAUCUUUUUUUUCAGCAUUAUUAUGAAGCACGUUGUGUUUCUUGUGAUAAAACAGUACAUAUGAGGUUUCUGAGUGUGUUUUUAUUUUGGCACAAUGAAGGAUUCGUUGUUUUUGCUCAGGCUUAGAAUUCCUGGAUCCACGCUUGGAUUUAAACAGACCUAACCAAUGGAAAUUAAACAGUUUAUCAGCUUGAAAUGACCUUUUGUGUUCCUUGCUCUCAAUCUGUUGUUUUCUGUCUUUUUGUGUCUCUGAGUUAAGCGUUAAAAGUGGUGAUAUCUGUGUUUCUCCAAACACUAUCAGCUUAAUGUUUGACACACUCCUACUUUGUUCUUCUUUGUCUUUUUUGUUUCUCAUUAGGGGAUUUUGGGAUCCCUGGAAACUGCUUUUUCAAAUGUAAUCACAGAUGAGAUAUAUAUAUAUAAAUAUAUAUAUA